AUGUUUGAGCUCACGUUUUUGGGUUGUCUGGGUGGACCCAUGGAAGGGUCCACUUGCGCCUUGCUCGUAAAGCCUGCCACUAGCUCAUACCUUACCCUCAAGCCCGGUGAACUCCUUUGUAUCGAUGGAGGACUGGGUCUUGCUCUGCUCACUGAAACCAUCUAUCAUGAACAACGCACGUCUCAGCCGUACUCGAAAACCAUCGAGUUACUCGCCUCACAAACAAAUAUUAAGUCUCCCCAGGACAUUUGCGAGGCUGUUGUCACCACCCCUUUUGCCGAGAUUCAGGGACUGCCGUUUUAUGAAGCAAGAAAGAUAUUCAGCUGUUUGAGCAACUAUCUUAUCACACACCCUCACUUAGACCACAUUGCUGGCUUGGUGGUGAAUCUGCUGGGAUUUGAUGCUGAAAAUCCAAAAAGUGUUUACGGGCUGGAAGUUUGUAUGCUGGCAUUAUCAGCCCAUAUUUUCAACAAUAUUAUAUGGCCCGACUUGCCCCAACACAAGCUACUCCUGCUUAAUUCUGUUAACUACGAACAUCCUUUCAGUCCUCUGCAUGGAGUUUAUUCGGUCACCAUGUUCGAGUUGAGUCACGGCGUCAACUAUAAACUGCUGGCAUUCCUUAUCAAUUACAAACCGGCGGAUGCUAGAGAUAACGCCAGUGCUGAUCAAGAACACAUGUUACUCGUAUUCGGUGAUUUCGAACUGGAUAGGGUUUCUGGUGCUUCCACAAACAUUCAUGUUUGGCAACAAGUCGCUCCUCUUGUUGCUCGUGGUCAGCUUCGAGGUAUAGUUGUUGAAUGUUCUCAUGGGGACAGUCUCAAUGACAGUCUUCUCUUUGGCCACCUUAAACUGAGUGAUCUUAUUCAUGAACUUGCGACAUUUAAAGAGCUCAUUGAAGCUGAGGGUGGCUCUAUCAAUGGUCUCCAUGUUGUCGUUAAUCAUGUCAAAGACCUAGACAGCGAUGUCCGCUUACAAAUAUUGAAAGAAUUGCGUGAUGGUGCAAGUCUACAUCAAUUAGAUAUCAAGAUCCUGCUUCCUUUGAGUGGAGUAUCGCUUGUAAUAUAA